UUGAUAGGGGUUUGAGACGGUCGCUAGGGGCAGCGUAUAGUCGUGUUGCUCUUGCCUUGCGGAAGUCAUCUUGAUCACCUGAUAAACGCAGAAAUGGCUGGCAGGCUGAUGCAAGCAGCGAGAUGCCCGACAGAUGAACUGUCUCUCACAAACUGUGUGGUUGCAAGUGAGAAGGACUUUAAAUCUGGGCAACAAUUGAGCAUUAAAACCACACCCACUCAGAAGUUUGUGUUCACGGUGAAAACCCACUCAAGCGUGGUGCCAGGAACUAUUGCCUUCAGUCUACCUCAGAGGAAAUGGGCUGGACUCUCUCUAAACCAGGAUGUGGAAGUGAGUGUCUACAACUUUGACCCGUCGAGACAGUACGUGGGAACCAUGACGCUAGAGAUCGACUUCCUCCAGAAGAAGAGUGUUGACAGCAACCCAUACGACUCUGAUAAAAUGGCGAUUGAGUUUAUCCAGUUUUUUUCUGCACAGGCCUUUAGCAUAGGCCAGCAGUUUGUCUUCAGCUACUGUGAUAAGCUCUUUGUACUGCUCAUAAAAGAUAUCGAGGCCAUGGAUCCCAGCAUCCUUAGAGGCGAGCAAAGCUCUAGCAAAAAACGGAAGAUUGAGAUUGGACUGUUGCAUGGCAACAGUCAGGUGAUUUUUGAGAAAUCGGAGAGCUCGUCUCUAAAUUUGAUUGGAAAAGCAAAGACCAGAGGUUCUCGGCAGUCCAUCAUCAACCCAGACUGGAACUUUGAGCGAAUGGGCAUCGGAGGCCUGGACAAGGAGUUCUCAGACAUCUUCCGCCGGGCCUUCGCCUCGCGAGUCUUUCCUCCAGACAUAGUGGAGCAGAUGGGCUGUAAACACGUGAAGGGGAUCUUGUUGUUUGGGCCGCCCGGCUGUGGUAAAACCCUGAUGGCGCGUCAGAUUGGUAAGAUGCUGAAUGCCAGAGAGCCGAAGGUGGUCAACGGGCCAGAGAUUCUGAACAAAUAUGUGGGCGAGUCAGAGGCUAACAUCAGAAAGCUGUUUGCUGAUGCAGAGGAAGAACAGAAGAGGUUGGGGGCCAACAGUGGACUGCACAUCAUCAUAUUUGAUGAAAUUGAUGCCAUCUGUAAACAACGUGGCAGCAUGGCAGGCAGCACUGGGGUCCACGACACUGUAGUCAACCAGCUACUGUCUAAGAUCGAUGGUGUAGACCAGCUCAACAACAUCCUGGUCAUUGGAAUGACCAACAGGCCUGACCUGAUCGAUGAAGCCCUCUUGAGGCCGGGUAGACUGGAGGUCAAAAUGGAGAUCGGCUUGCCUGAUGAGACAGGCCGUGUUCAGAUCCUGAAUAUCCACACUGCAAAAAUGAGUCAGGCAAACAUGCUGGCCAAAGAUGUUGACAUAAAGGAGCUUGCUGUUGAGACCAAGAACUACAGCGGAGCAGAGCUGGAAGGGCUUGUGCGAGCAGCCCAGUCGACUGCCAUGAACCGUCACAUCAAGGCCACUACUCGGGUGGAGGUGGACACAGAAAAGGCUCAGAUGCUGGAAGUCAGCAGGAGUGACUUCUUGGCCUCUCUGAAUAAUGACAUCAAGCCUGCUUUUGGCUCUAAUCAGGAGGAUUACUCAAGUUACAUCAUGAACGGAAUUGUGAAAUGGAGCAAUGGUGUGUCUGAUAUACUAGGAGAUGGAGACCUUUUGGUGCAACAGACCAAGAACAGUGAACGCACACCGCUAGUAACUGUGCUUUUAGAAGGGCCUCCUCACAGUGGUAAGACCGCACUGGCAGCCAAGAUCGCAGAGGACUCCCAGUUCCCCUUCAUCAAGAUCUGCUCUCCAGACAAAAUGAUCGGCUUUGCAGAGACUGCCAAAUGUCAGGCCAUCAAGAAGAUAUUCGAGGAUGCCUACAAGUCCCAACUGAGCUGUGUGGUGGUGGACGAUAUAGAAAGACUUCUGGAUUUUGUUCCCAUCGGGCCACGGUUCUCUAACCUGGUGUUGCAGGCUCUGCUGGUGUUAUUGAAGAAACCUCCUCCUCGGGUGAGAAAGUUGCACAUUCACACCAGCUUGGAUAGUUCACCCAAAAAUCUUCUCGGGGGCUUCCAGGAAGAAGAGCGAGCAACUAUCGCAAAACAGGUGAAAGGACAAACGGUGUGGCUCGGCAUUAAGAAGCUGCAGAUGCUCAUUGAGAUGUCACUGCAGAUGCCUUUGGAAUACAGAGUUAACAAGUUCUUGGCACUACUGAGAGAAGGAGCGUUGGGCUCUGACAAACAUGUGGCCAUAUAGUCUUGGGUGCAGGGGAGUAGCCUGACAAGCCAAGGCUAUUUUGAAGCUGUUAAAGGAGUCAGGAAAACACUGAGUGCACUUGAGAGACUGAGAGAGAGAGCAGACAUACCUACAGCAUAUCUCUCUAUCCCUCACUUUCCUUAAGUAUAUGUACGGCAUGUUUCCAUGGCAAAUGCAGACACACCAGCUCCUUGAUUCCUCACUACAAGUGCAAAGGGUCAUAUUUGUACAGUGCCUCAGUUGUCUUAUGACAUCAGGAAUUUUUAAAUAGUACCUGCAUGUAUAUAAAGGUGUUUAUAUAUAUAAUGUAUCAUAUUUAUAUGUAUUUACUGACAUGAACCAUUCCUGUCAAUAAUGCCUUACUCCUAAAUGUGUCCUUACUGGGCUGUGUGAAUUUAACAAUGGUAAAAUUCUCUGACCAAAUCCUCUGCUCGCUUUUCUCUUUGUCAUGGAUGGACUUAUUAUCUUAACGGUUAGUGCCUGCCAAUAACAAUAUUGAAAUGCUCACUUCUGUGCCUUAGCAUGCCAGUAUAUUGUUGCAGUUUGUUUAUUGCUUUUAUUGACUAGGAAAAAAAAAUAAAAUAUAUAUAUAUAUAUGUAUAUAUAUAUUUUUUUAAAGGGAACUAUCCGUCCUUCUUAUAUUGCUUGGGACAUUCCAUGUCAGGAACAUAGGAAAGGUCUUGGUCUCAGCCCCUCACCCCAGUCUAAUGGGUAACAUAGUGGCCUUAAGCAUUGUGUACAGGACGGAAACCUGCGACCUACUUCCCUUCUGCCAGUCUGCCAAAAGUGCCAGGAUAGUUCACAUU